GAUUAGCUCAAACCUUUUAUGCAGAGGAUCAAGUUUUUAAUGAUGUUAAACUGGAUGGUGUAGUGACUUUGGUUGAUGCUAAACAUGCUAGUUUUCAUCUGGACGAGAUUAAGCCCAAAGGAGUAAUCAAUGAGGCAGUGGAGCAAAUUGCUUAUGGUGACCGCAUUAUAGUAAACAAGGGUUAUCUUCUGAUGAAAUUUCCAAUAAUUUGA